AUGCGAUGGCCGCCAUGGGCUUCCGAAUCGCCGCGCACCGCGAGCUCCGAUGAGCACUCCACAAGCUCAAUUUUCUCUUCCUCUUCCUCCUCCUCCUCCGCCCCCGCUUCAUCAAGCUCGAGAAAUUGGAACGACGCACUCAAUGGAAUUGACUGGGCUGCAUUCACAGAGCCGUCGACGAUCUUCCCCACAUGCAUCUUGACUGGUGGAAUCCUAGGCGCGGUGUACAUCCACCGCCGCUUUCUGCGCCGUAUUCCUGACGCCACGAGCAUCUCGCCUUCGCACUUCCGUAACAGGAGUCUCUACGGGCAGGUUACGAGUGUCGGUGAUGGCGACGGCUUCAGACUAUACCAUACACCCGGCGGAAGACUUGGUGGAUGGGGAUGGCUGCCGUGGAAAAAGGUCCCGACAACUAGGAAAGAGCUGAAGGACAAAACCGUUUCUAUUCGUCUGGCUGGUGUAGACGCCCCCGAACGCGCACACUUUGGACGCCCAGAACAGCCAUUUGCCCGCGAAGCUCAUACCUGGCUAACCUCAUACCUCCUCAACCGCAGCGUGCGAGCCUACAUCCAUCGUCCGGAUCAGUACCAGCGUGCGGUAGCCAGCGUAUACGUGCGACGGGCGUUUGACUUUCCGAUUCCGUUCCGCCGUCGGGACGUGUCGUACGAGAUGCUAAAGCGCGGACUGGCGACGGUUUACGAGGCGAAAUCGGGGUCGGAAUUUGGUGGGGAGAAAAAGGAGCGCAAAUACAGGAAGAUCGAAGAUUGGGCAAAGCGGAAAGGAAAGGGGCUGUGGAAGGAUUAUCGGCGGAAGGGUGAUCAGUGGGAAAGUCCUAGGGCUUAUAAGACACGGAUGGGAAUGGGUGAACCGACAGAUGCAGAUAAAAAAUAA